AUGGACGUCUGGACAUCGUUAUGUCUGGGCAUCAUCCUCCUCAGCGUCUUCGCCGUCGUACCCCACAUGCGCAAGCCAUCUCGCAAGCUCCCUUGGAUCAACCCCCCAGAGUCACUGGACUUGUUCAACAGCGAAAGAAAGAAGGGAUUUCUGUUGAAUGCCAGAGGUUUGAUGGAGACUGGCAGGAAGAAGUUUCCUGGCCAGCCCUACAGGUUCAUGACGGACGUCGGCGAGACCGUCGUUAUGCCGCCGGAGUUUAUCCACGAUAUUCGCAACGAUCCCGGGCUCAGCUUCAUGGAUGCGUUCGCGGACAACUUCCACCCCCAACUAUCCGGAUUUGAUGGUUUUGCAGUCGGUACCAGGCCCGAUCAGCUGUUCCAGGUGGUCAUCAAGAAGUCCAUCACCAAGUUGUUGAACCAGAUCACGGAGCCGCUGUCAUCCGAAGCCAAGUUCGCCGUCGACCUCCGCUUCGGAACCUCCACGGAAUGGCGCGAGUUCAACAUCAAAGCCGAUGUCCUCGACAUCAUCUCCCGCCUCUCCUCCCGCGUUUUCCUCGGCGACGAGGUAUGCCGCAACGAGGCUUGGCUGGAAGUGACCAAGUCCUACACCGUCAACGCCUUCAUCGGCGCCGAGACGAUGCGCAUCUACCCCAGCUGGCUGCGCCCGCUCGCCCAAUGGUUUGUCCCGCAGUGCAAGGUCCUCCGCCAGCAGGUUGCCGACUCGCGGCGCAUCAUUGAGCCUGUUCUCCAGAAGCGUAGGGACCUGCGGGCACAGGCGCAGGCCAAGGGCGAGCCGAUUCCGAGGUUCAAUGACGGUCUGGACUGGUUCGAGGAGGAGAGCCGCGGCGCCAAGUAUGAUGCUGCCGGGGCGCAGUUGGGGCUAUCUGCUGUUGCGAUUCACACGACUACGGAUCUGCUCGUGGAGACGAUGUUGCGGAUUGCGGAGCACCCUGAACUGUUUGAUGCGAUAAGGAAGGAGAUUGUGGACGUUCUCAGCGCUGAGGGCUGGAAGAAGACCGCGCUGUUUAACAUGAAGCUGACGGACAGCGUCUUGAAAGAGGCGCAGAGACUCAAACCGGUCACUUCAGGUUGGUCAUCAGCCUUUUCUAUUCAAGGUAACUUCGAACUGACAUCUUCGGCAGCCAUCAUGUCUCGAGUCGCAACCCGUCCAGUGACCCUCCCCAAUGGUCUCCAACUCCAAACGGGCGAGCGAUGCGUCGCUGACCUUGGUAGGAUGGUCGAUCCCACAGUCUAUGAGAACCCCGACCAGUUCGAUGGAUACCGCUUCGUUCGCAUGCGAGGAACCCCGGGCCUGGAUGCCCAAGCCCACCUCGUGAGCACCUCGCCCGAGCACAUCGGCUUCGGACAUGGAAAGCACGCAUGCCCCGGCCGCUUCUUUGCAGGCAAUGAGUUGAAGAUUGCGUUGGCGCACAUUAUCAUGAAGUAUGACUGGCAGCUUACCCCUGGGUACAAGCACCGCUGGGAGGAAUACGGAUUCGGAUGGUCAUCAGAUGGUAUGGCCAAGUUGCUGAUGAGGAGGAGAGAGAGUCCCGAGAUGGAUAUUGACAACUUCUGA